AGGACCUUGAACAGCAUUAAUCAUGCUGCUGGCUCCCCUCUCUGGCAACUGGUUAGUUCCAAACUCAUAUCCCUGGCCUUAAGGUGAAGAUCCCUUCUGGAGUCUUUGGGGAGAUCAUUCACAGAGACUGUACAUGAGGAGAAGGCCUAAGUGUGGCAACAUUCCUACUCCUACACCAUGGCUAAAAUGUCCUCGCAAAGCAGUGAGUACUUCUUUCUUUGGCAGCAAGAUUUAUUAGCCGCUGCCAAAAUGCCACUGAAGACCGUCAGCGACUGAAGGACCUGCCGCCAAAUGCCGCCCAAGACACUGACAUGCCAGACCGUCACUGAAAAUGUUGCUAAUGUUAUCCAUGGUUUGAAUGCGAGCCACCUGACAGAUCUAGUCAUUCAGAGAAGCAAACGGAUGAUCCUGGAUACUCUGGGAGUGGGGCUGCUGGGUACCAGCACGGAGGUCUUCCACAAAGUUAUACAAUACAGUAAAAUCUACCGUUCAGAUGCAUCCAGCACGGUUUGGGGUCACUCGGAUUUCAGACUUCCUCCUCUGUAUGCAGCUUUUGUGAACGGAGUAGCUGUUCACUCAAUGGAUUUUGAUGAUACAUGGCAUCCAGCCACACACCCAUCUGGGGCUGUGCUUCCUGCUCUGCUUGCUCUAUCAGAAGUCCUGCCUCAAAAGCAAAAAUUCUCUGGCCUUGACCUGCUCUUAGCUUUCAAUGUUGGGAUUGAAGUACAAGGCAGAUUGAUGCGCUUUUCCAACGAAGCCAGCUAUGUUCCAAAAAGGUUUCAUCCACCAUCUGUGGUUGGUACCAUAGGGAGUGCGGCAGCUACUGCUAAAUUGUUAGCACUUGAUCAGUUUAAAUGUAAAGCAGCUUUGGCUGUUGCUGCUUCUUAUGCAGGUGCCCCAAUGGCCAAUGCAGCAACACAAACCAAACCCCUCCACAUUGGCAAUGCAGCUAGGCAUGGUCUGGAAGCAACUUGCUUAGCGUCACUGGGCCUUCAAGGAAACAAACAGAUCUUGGACAUGGAGUCAGGGUUGGGUGCCUUUUAUACAGACUAUGCCCCCCGGUUUCUGCCAACUUUACAAUCUUAUUCCUGGCUCUUGGAUCAACAAGAUGUGGCCAUCAAGCGCUUUCCUGCUCAUCUUGGAACACACUGGGUGGCAGAUGCAGUCUCUUCACUGAGGAGGUACCUUGUGGAGAGUGAUGACUCAGUCCCCAUUAGUAGAAUUAAGAGAAUUGUUGUCAAAGUCCCAGAUGUUAGAUACGUGAACAGACCUUUCCCUAACUCUGAACAUGAAGCCCGGCAUUCUUUCCAGUUUGCUGCAUGCACUGCUCUGCUGGAUGGCAGUAUCUCCAUUCAGUCAUUCAGGGAUCAGAACAUUUCUAGGCCAGCGUUAAAGGAGCUGCUCAGCAAAACCAAGCUAGAGCAUCCUGCCGAUAACAAGCCUAGCUUUGAUAACCUUUAUUGUGAGGUGAAUGUCACUCUUCAGGAUGGCAAGGUGUUUAGUGAACGCUGCGAUACAUUCUAUGGACACUGGAGGAAACCCUUGAGUACAGAAGAUCUGAAGAAAAAGUUUCACUCCAAUGCUUCCAGCGUGCUCUCAGUGGAAGCUACAGAAGGCAUUAUAGAGACUGUGGAUAAUUUAGAAAAAGUAGAAGACUGUUUUGUGUUAAGUGCAUUUCUAAAAGGGACACAGUCAACCAAAGUACUUUCAAAAAUGUGCUUACCUUGAAAAAUAAUUGACAUUUAUUGACAUAUAUCCUCAUAGUUACUCCUAUGUGCUUAAAACAAAUCAGGAAUAGCGAACUCCUAUCAUAUUGCACUCCUGUAACAUAAGCAGCAUUUUAAGUCCAGUAUUGUGGCCCUAGUUACAAAGAUUGUGUCUUGCUGUGGCUGUGCCUUGCCACGGGCUGGAAGGAAGAUCCUGUGCUAGCAGUGUCCCCCUUGAUUAUCCUUAUGCCAUUAGUAGAAAAGUGUUGUCUGCAGGCUCCACAAAGUACCACUGCUGCUGUGGGAUUCCUGCUACCAAGUUCUCUGCUAUCCUGGUGCCAGAAACAAAAGCCUCUUCCUAAAUAUCUUGCUUCUAUUAGAGGAUUGGUAGUGCAGACCUGAAUUUUGGAGGGAUAGGGCAGUCACUUCUCCUGGGAGGGCAGCAGUUGACAGAAGGCCAGGUAGAGAAUAAGCAAUUUAUAGCUAAAAUAUAUAAAAAUUCUAUCUAUGCCAAAAAAAAAAAAGACACCAAAGUUUUGCUUGGUAUUCUCCAAGAAACAUCACAAUUUCCCCAUCAAACCUGGUCUUGUAUAAGCCAGGUUGACAAUCACAUCAAAGGUAAACAAUAAGAUACCCCUUUAGUUUCCAUAUUUGGCUGCUCUAAAAACAUAAGGACUCACUCUUGACAAUCUGUUUCUUACUGUAGCCGAAAAUUACACUCCUGUUUCGCAGUUGUGUGGCACUGGCUCUUUGUAACUCUGAGGUUGCUUUCUCUAUACUUUCCCUAACAUCAGUCAAGUCACAUUCCUCCAGCCACAGUGUAACUGACCAGACUUGUUAAGGAAUGUAUCCUUAGGAUGCUUCCCUUGUCAUUACACAAGACUUGCAUCAUUGACAGGGACUUACAGGAAAGUUUUAGAGGGGGUUUUCACUUUUAAAAGGACACAAUCAAGAUUUAAAUAUUUUUAAAUUAACGUAACACUGCUACUAAUACAUCCUUGCACAUUUUACACUGAAGUCUAUCAAAUCAGAUUUGUCUUUCUCCCGUAUAGAAAUGUAUAUUUUAAGUCAGUAAUCGUGACAAUGCAGGCAGAUGGAUAAUAUCUUGGUUCAUGUGCUUAAUGGAGCUUGUGCUUUACUGUAGAAGUCAUGAGCACCGUUUAUUUUCUGCUUUAAGGGACUAAUUUGCAUAUUUGAGAAUCUAAAAAUAGGCAUCUAGAGCCAUAUUUAGGCACCUGUAAUAGCAUUUGAGUCUAGAUUGCAUAUUUAGAUAUCUACAUUUUAAAAUCAGCCUAGUUUAGGAGAAAUGUUUGAUACGCUCUUCACGUUACUGUUACAUCUUGAAAAGGUGUGGAUGUUAAUGUGUCUGUAGUAAUACAACUUUUAAAAUCUGUAACUAUUUGUAUGAUUUUACUAAAUCUAAUAACAUUUUCUAUGAUGUUUCAAUUUUGUAUAUGAGCUAUUUCUUCAUGGGGCAGAUCUCUUC